CCAGACAGGGGUAGCUGGAGACAGAGACAAGAGACACAAGCACAGCCUUCCUGUGAGACUUCAACUGCCCAGAAAGCAUCAUGGACCUGGGAAAACCCACAAAAAACGUGCUGGUGGUGGCUCUCCUUGUCAUUUUCCAGGUGUGCUUCUGCCAAGAUGAGGUCACAGAUGACUACAUUGGCGAGAACACCACCGUGGACUACACCUUGUAUGAAUCCGUGUGCUUCAAGAAGGAUGUGCGGAACUUUAAGGCCUGGUUCCUGCCUCUCAUGUACUCAGUCAUUUGCUUCGUGGGCCUGCUAGGCAAUGGGCUGGUGAUACUGACAUACAUCUAUUUCAAGAGGCUCAAGACCAUGACCGAUACCUACCUGCUCAACCUGGCCGUGGCAGACAUCCUCUUCCUCAUGGUCCUUCCCUUCUGGGCCUAUAGCGAAGCCAAGUCCUGGAUCUUUGGGGUCUCCCUGUGCAAGAGUAUCUUUGGCAUCUAUAAGUUAAGCUUCUUCAGCGGGAUGUUGCUUCUCCUCUGCAUCAGCAUCGACCGCUACGUGGCCAUCGUCCAGGCUGUGUCAGCCCACCGCCACCGCGCCCGCGUGCUUCUCAUCAGCAAGCUGUCCUGUGUGGGCAUCUGGAUGCUGGCCCUUAUCCUUUCCAUUCCCGAGCUGCUCUACAGCGGCCUCCAGAAGAACAGCGGCGAGGACACAUGGAGAUGCUCACUCGUCAGUGCCCAAGUGGAGGCCUUGAUUGCCAUCCAAGUGGCCCAGAUGGUUGUUGGAUUUCUAGUGCCUAUGCUGGCUAUGAGUUUCUGCUACUUCGUUAUCAUCCGCACCCUGCUCCAGGCACGAAACUUUGAGCGGAACAAGGCCAUCAAGGUGAUCAUCGCUGUGGUGGUAGUCUUCAUAGUCUUCCAGCUGCCCUACAAUGGAGUGGUUCUGGCCCAGACCGUGGCCAAUUUCAACAUCACCAAUAGCAGCUGCGAAACCAGCAAGCAGCUCAACAUUGCGUAUGACGUCACCUACAGCCUGGCCUCUGUCCGCUGCUGUGUCAACCCUUUCUUGUAUGCCUUCAUCGGCGUCAAGUUCCGAAGUGACCUCUUCAAGCUCUUCAAGGACUUGGGCUGCCUCAGCCAGGAACGGCUCCAGCAGUGGUCUUCCUGCCGGCACGUACGAAACACGUCCAUGAGCAUGGAGGCAGAGACCACCACCACCUUCUCCCCGUAGGGGGUUUCCCUGCCCGGACUACAAGGACCUCUACCAGGACCCUUAAUGUGGAGACUGGGAGCAUAGUCAGACUCGCGAUCCACCAAAGAGCUGCUGAGGGAAGAGCAGUUCUGGCCAGUCAGGUUGACAUCAGGGCCUAAGAAACCGCUUAACCCCAACCCAUAUAUGCUACCUCAACCAAGGCUGGAAGAGACAUGGCUGAGAAGUUAAUACUCAAGCCAGGACAGCUGUCCCCAAACUGACAGCCAAAAGUGAAAGUUGAGAGGCCACCACACCUUCCGGAGUGAGGGAUGUGGGGCCGGUGAACACCCUGGUUGUUGGGUACACUUCGGAGGCCUCUGAAUGAACCUGCUUCUAGCAUAAAGAAAAGUCAAGGAUUCAAGGACAGAGGUUAUCAAGCCAGCAAGAGAUGACAGUCUCUCACCAUGCUCCCACUGAGCACCGCCCCUCCCUUCUGCCUCUCCGCUGUUCUCCCCAGGAAGGGGAGUGUUUCCUGAGGGCCAGACCACAUCAUCAUCCUGAAUGCAGUCCCAGCUGGGGCUCUGGAUGGCGAUGACAAGUAGUUGGGCCUUUCCUUUAGGAUGGAAAAAAAGGCAGAGAGAAAGGUCACAGAAACGAGAGAAGGUGACCCUGCUGGCUGACAAAGGCCAGCAAGCUGCUUCUUUGUUCUCUGUCAGCACCAGAAACCUUUCCUCAUGUUCUGCUUUCGAUUCAUGAGAUCACGUAUAGUUUUGCUCAGACACAAAUAAAAAAAAAAAAAAAAAAAAAAAAUUCCCUCGAGGAAACAAAUU